UUUAAAAAUCGUUUAACUGCGAUUCGCGCGCUCUGGAUGUUUAACGGAAUGGCAUUAUCAAGAAAAAUGUAGCCCAGGAAUGCUAACCAAUUAUUGUUGGAGUGUUAAUAAUAUUUACGAAAGUCGCAAGUAUUUAUUAAAGAUAGUCAUCCAUCUAAGUGUAUGCCGAGAUAUAUUAAAUCUCCUCGGCAUCCCCAAACGGGUUAAGGAAGGUUCAACUCCUCAACGAAAAACUCAGAACCAUAUAUGGGAGGAUUCAUCAGAAACUCGAUAUAAGGCAACUAUGGAGCCAAACGUACCGCCACUGCGGAAGCCAUUGGUUUUUGACAGUGCCGUUAAAAGAGUUGGUACGAUGAGUAAUGUCGAACUACAUUGGUGGGUAGGAUAG